AUGCCGUCUGGGGUGGACCAACCAACGACCUCGUUUGCCCGGUCCGAGCUCCAACAAGCGGCCCCCAAAUCCAGCAUUCCCAGCUCCCUCCAGUCCCUCGUCAGUCGUCACCAACACUCCGACCAACAGGGGUUGCCGUUCGCAGCAAACCAUACUACACCACAUCACACCACACCACACCACAAGCGCCCUUUCCCCCUUUCCCUUGCACAAACAUGCAGCACCACGCUCGUCCAUUCAGUGGCCGCUUGCAGUUUACGGCGCGUUUCUUCUCUCACCACCGACAUAGACCCCUUCGAGAAGGGCGGGAUGGCUGCUCACCUCAUGCAGGCCAGCACGUCAACACCGGCCGCCGACCAGCCCAACUACAACCCAACCAAGGAUAAGCACCUACCCACCAGCGGCUUCAUCGGACAUGUUCGCGACCGACUAACCCUACCGACACCGAGAACCAUCAACCACUUCGUCCGAAUGCUCUCUGGUGGAAGAAUCUAUCCUUCUUCAAAUCAUUUUUACUUACAAACGUUUGGCCUCCUUGUUCGACUCUCGAGGGCCUCACCGGCCCUCUCAAGCUUCAGGUCAGUCGGUGAGCCACUGAGUCGCAAACUCCCUUGGUUUGGGUUUCCCUAUUGCAAUCCUGGCCCGAGGAGUCGGUGUGUUUGGUCUGAAAAGCAGCCAAGCAGCACACCGUUCCAUCUUGUUGCUUUUUCUGUUGCAUUUAGACUUCCCGCUGUGCCGACAGCUGUACAGGCCACUGCGGCCCCCGGACAGAGUCGGGCAACAAACUCAACGGCGCAGCGCACCGAGAUUGAGAGACUUUCUGAAACAGCUCUGCUGGUCCGCCCGUGCCGCCCUUCGCUCUCGAAGAUCUGCCUCCCUGGUCAAGUACACCCAGCCGGUGCCGCUGCCAAGGGUCCCGGCACCUGGCACUUCCAUGGGUAUCUCCACACUCGAGAUGACCUACGCUUCGCUUCCUCCGCCCACCAGCCUUACCUACCCCGCCACCCAUGUAAGAACGCGCAGAACCUCAGAGGCAAAAUCUACGGCCCACGGGCAAUUUCCAAGGGAAAAUACCCGGAUGCGACUUUGAGCGAAAACACUGCAGGCAGCCAACGACGUUCGAUGUUGUGAACCGAGGCGCGAUCACUUGAAUCUGACAUUACUCGGAUAUGGGGAGGGGGGCAUAAUAUGACCGACGGAAUGACAUAUUGCGCAGAAACGCCAGCAACGGGGGUUCACCGUCGUAGAUCUGCGCAGCUUCAUCUUAUUGCCCAUUAUGCAAAGGAAACCAUCCGCAGCCAGACAUUGGCCGGCAUUGUUUCAACUUCCAAGCAUUGAUUGGACCCGACCUGGUGGAAAGUUUUGGUUCUUUCCAUUCAUCGAGGGAUAACAGAGACAAGACUGGCGAUCCGUACGUCUCUGGGGACCUACGUAGUGCAACCACUCGAGAGUGUCUACUUCUGUCCCCCAAAUGCAUUUAAUUACACUGGAUCUAUUAUACAGGAGUCGAGUCAGGUGACGACAUUCCAAAAGCUGACCAAGAGCCGGUCAAAAAUAAAUAUUUUACGCCCUCGUCUCAAUCAGUUCAAGCGUAAGCCUCGGAGGCCAGCUUUCCGCCGGUCCAACAAAACGCACAAACUUUUUGCUUAAGAGGAAAAAAGAGUAUCAUGGUAUUUCUCUAUUCCACGGACUCAAGCCAUCAUGAUCUUCCCUUCCGCACAGUCGCGUCCCAAAGUAUAAUAAUUAUCACAAACAACAGAGGCCGCCAAUGCUUUUUUUCCAGGGGUAAGUUUCUUUGGCGGUUCGCUAUCCAACCUCCUUCCUCCUGGUCUGGACGUCAGGCCGGUGUAGCAACCAUGGCAGCUAGGACAAGCCACGCGACGCCAUGCCCGCCCCAGGCUCCGAGGCCUCAUUUGCACAGGACGUCCGCGCCCAUUGUGGAGCGUCGCCAUUUGUGCCUGGUCGUUCGAGAUGCUACAGGCCAUGGUCCAACUCGCGUUGUCGACCGCGUCCAGAAACUGGGGCUCAUCUCCGCGCGUCAAGCUACGCGGUCCGAGUCCUCGAAGGAGUCCGUCUCGCUUCGGCAUUUUCCAUCCAAAACUUCCCAUUCCGC